GGGCGCGCCCGGAGGAAGGAAUGCAGGAGAAAGGAAGCUUGCAGUCAAGAUGGAGACGGCCAGUUCCUCGGCUCCUGUCGUGGGGAACGGGGAUAUGGUGUCCCAUCGGGACCGCAGCCUGGUGCCUGAGCGACUUCAGAGACGAGAACAAGAGAGGCAACUGGAGGUGGAAAGACGGAAGCAAAAGCGACUGAACCAGGAGGUGGAGGAGGAAAACAGCGACUUUUUCGCUGCCUCCUUUGCUCGGGAGCGAGCGGCCGUGGAAGAGCUUCUGGAGCGCGGGGAGUCCGUCGAACGGCUGGAGGAGGCGGCCGCUCGGCUUCAGGGGCUGCAGAAACUUCUCAACGAUUCGGUUUUAUUCCUGGCCGCCUAUGAUGUGCGGCAGGGACAAGAAGCGCUAGCGAGGCUGCAGGCGGCCCUGAACGACAGGCGCCAGCAACUGCAGCCCAAGAAGCGUUUCGCUUUUAAAACCCGGAGGAAAGAUGCUGCUUCAGCCACCAAAGUAGAUGGGGUUCCUGGCACCCCGGCAGCGGAAGGCAUCCUGGCCUCUCCGCUGCCUUUGAAGGAGGAGGGAGACUUUGGCUCCAGUUGGCUUUGCGGCUUCUCCAACCUAAAGUCCCAAGUCUUGGAGAAGAAAGCGGAGGAGUUGCACCAGCGAGACGUCCUUUUGACCGAACUGAGCAACUGUACGAUCAGACUGUAUGGCAAUCCCAACACCCUGAGGCUGACCAAGGCCCGGAGCUGCACGGUGCUCUGCGGCCCGGUGACCACCUCUGUGUUUCUGGAUGAGUGCAGUGAGUGCGUCCUGGCCGUGGCCUGCCAGCAGCUCCGAGUACACACUACGAGAGACACCCGCAUCUUCCUGCAGGUGACCAGCAGGGCCAUCGUGGAGGACUGCAAUGGGAUCCAGUUCGCUCCUUAUACCUGGAACUACCCGGGGAUCGACAAGGACUUCGAGGGCUCUGGUUUAGAUAGAAGCAAAAAUAACUGGAACGACGUUGAUGAUUUCAACUGGCUGGCCCGAGAUGUGCCCUCGCCAAACUGGAGUAUUCUUCCAGAAGAAGAGCGAAUGAUCCAGUGGGACUAAGCAGUUGCUACUCUUCACUCCUACCAAAUUCGUUCUUUCUAUGUGGGACUGACCUCAACAAAUGGCACCCCAAAGUUUACUUAUUGUUGUAACACAGUGUAUGUCUUGAGUAUUUAAGACUUGAAAUUGUAUAGGCUCCUGUUUGUGAUGUCCAUUAAAUUCGCGACAGGUAUAACGUUUUAUUUUUGCUACUUUGGUCAUGUCUAGGAGCUGCUAUUUGGCUACGAUAGUUUGAAGCUAUGGGAGGAAAAGAGCGUGGUUCUGUGUUUUUUUUAUUUGUGCUAUUUAAAACUUAUUGCAUGAUAAAGCAGGCCUUCAAUAAAAUACUUGCUUAAUAAAUGAAUUCAGUAGGGCUCUAGUAGGAGCCAGUUAAUGUGGGUUUAUGGUGUCAAACUUGUGCAAAGUACCAUUAGUGAGAAUUUUUUGAAUUGAAGGGUUGACUUUGAUAGGUAUGUCUCAGCAGGGUGCUCUUUGGAAAGGUUCCUCUUUGGUCUUAAGCUACACAUUAGCUUGGGCGUCUGGAAUCCAGCUAGUCAUUGAGUUGGGUCCAAAAUUUUAGCUUGGACCCCCAGAGGCUCAUGAGCCUUCCUAAUUGUAAAACCAAAAUAACUAUAGCUACCAACUUAUUACGCAUUUAAAAUGUCAUAGACACUGUUCUAAGUACCUUACAUGCACUUAUUAAGUUCUCAAAAUCUUAGGCAGGUUCUGUUAGCAGUAUUUUCCAAGUGAGGAAGUAUUAAGUAUGUUGCUUAAGGUCAUACAAGCUGGUGAACUGCAAUUUGAAACAGCUGGCUGGCUCCACAGCCCACUUUUUUAACCCACUAUAAGAUAGCUAUUUUGAAUAGUGGUAAUUGAAUUGAAAAGAAAGCAUCCAAAAUAAUUUAAAAGGGCAAAUUGCUUUUUUAAAAAAUUCAGGAAUAAUUAUGCCACAUCCCCACAUACAAAAAAAAAACAACAACGAGGCAAACAUCUCAGUCUUUUUUUAUUUAAAUGGUGUUAGAUACAGCCCUGUGGUGUUAAGUAUCAUAUGUAAUGUGACAUUUAAUGGCAGGCUGAAGAGAACAGGGCAUGGAGACGAUCUAGUUCAGUCUUAAUUUUCUUCACUAAUUUUGCUAUAAUUCUCUGUUUAGAGUUAGCUUUCUGCUCUAUAUACUACCACUCAUUAUUCUUUUUUUCCCUGUUGUAAAAAUACAUUUUAUUAAACUUGUUAGGUUGACAUUGGUUAA